UCAAGUGUUGUGUGAAGGAGAGUGUAUACGAGACCACCACGUCAGCAUUAAGAUGGCUCACUCAAAUAACAACGGAGAGUCGCAAAAAUUGAAACGAACAUCGAAUGGAAACUUUGCAAGUCACGACCUGCUAAUGGAACAGUGGUUGGACGAUGAAAGCGAACACGAUUUUAGCGAUUUCGACGAUGAAGAUGAUGACCCAACUUUUCAACCAGAAACCGAAUUCCUGGAAGCCGAUGAAGUUUCAGAUGAACUGGAGGAACCAGAACAUGAAGAAGCGUCACCUGAAGCACCCGUCAAACUUAAUGUGCAUCAAGAAAAGUCUUACAAAGGUAAGAAGGGAUUUACGUGGAAUCGAGAAGAGUGCCCAAGAACAUCUCGAACUGCAAAUCACAAUAUAAUUAGAUUACCUGGCCGCUUGCAUACUCCUAGUUUUGAAGGCUAUUUUGAACUUUGGUCCAAGCUUUUUUACCCCUCAAUGUUGGAAAAUUUGAUCACAUUUACGAACCAAAAGCUAAAUAGCUUCCGGACGCGGUUCAAACAAACAACUAAAGUAGAACUGAAGGACACAAAUGUCACCGAAAUGAAAGCAUUUAUUGGUCUAUUGUACUAUUCGUCAAUAUUCAAGUGUAAUGACGCUGAUCUUCGUUUGAUAUUUGCCACCGAUGGAACUGGCCAUGAAGUUUUCCGAUGUGUUAUGUCCAAAUGGCGAUUUUCUUGUUUGAUCAACUGCCUCCGAUUUGAUGAUUCCACCACUAGAAUGGAACGACUCAAAGAUGAUAGACUUGCCCCAAUAUCAGGUAUGUUCAAUAGGUUUAUUUCGAACAGCCAGUCCCAAUACACUCCUGGAGCGUACCUUUGUAUUGAUGAAAUGCUGUUGCCAUUUACGGGUCGUUGCAAGUUCAUUAUUUACAUGCCCCAAAAACCAGCAAAGUUUGGCAUAAAAAUAAUGUUGUUGGUCGAUGCCCGCACUUACUAUGUCUACAAUGCCUACGUUUACCUUGGCAAAAAUUCGGAUGGAAUAGGCCUGACUGAAAAAGAAAGACAAAUGUCAAUACCAACUUAAUCAGUUCUAAGACUUGUGAAACCUGUCGAAAACUUAAACCGCAAUGUUACAGCUGACAAUUGGUUCAGUUCAAUUCCA